AUGCACUGGUGUCUGAAAAACCUCCAGUCUGAGCUGCGAGCGCUGCCGACUCAACGAGCGCCUUUGUCGAUAUCGCCGCCACUGCCGUCACCGUCACCGCCGUCACCACCAUUGCCGCCACCGGCGCCGGUGACGGCGGUGACGGCGGUGACGGCGGUGACGGCGGUGACGGCGGUGGUGACGGCGGUGACGGCGGUGGUGGCUGAUUUACAGCCGAAGCAACAGGCCUCGAUCAUCCGUGCAGACUGCAGGCUGUGCCCCCCCCGAGGGGCUCAGUACGGGGUCAAUGGGCCCAGUGGGGGGGCUUCCUGCAGCUCCAGGGGAAGGCCCUCAGAGAGGUCCAUGAUACAUGGGGGGGGGCGUUGUAACGCUGGUCCUGGGAGCGUGGCGGUCGGGGGCGGACACGGCUACAGGCGAUUACUGCCACUGUCCCGUCAGGAGACAGGGCAGAAGACUGCAGCGCCGCGGGACCAGCGACAGACCAGCGACAGACCAGACCCAGACCAGCCCCAGACCAGCCCCAGACCAGCCCCAGACCAGCCCCAGACCAGCCCCAGACCAGCAGACACCAUCCAAGACCUGACAAUGUCCCGGGCCCCAGGCAGCCGCCGCGGCCGCCAUGCCUGA